GGCAACACAGGAUACAGACUCCACGACUCAUAUCGUAUGUUCAACCAGAGUCAGAGUGAGGAAACAGCAUGUCAGGGAAGGAAGCGCAGAAGCUGAUGGGAAAGCACACUUUGCUCCCACUAUUCAGAGCUUUCUUCUGAGUCCUGUAACUGGUCUUAGGUAGAUUUGAAUGUUUUCUUUUUUAAAUAUAGGCUAACAUUAGUUUAGGUAGAACAAAAAAGAAACAGGUUAAGGACUUAAAAGAGGAGUGGAAGUGAACAGAUUCAAGAUCUGCAGAGAGAGGGUAUAAAUCAGGAGGAAAUUCUUGAAAUUCUCCACGUCUGCUGUCGCCGUCCAACUGCAGGAGCUUGGGGUGUCUGGGUUGCCAUACGGAUACGCAUCCAAGACAAUGAGUCUGUCACGAAAUGGGACGCUGGAGAAGACGGUGUCUGAUCACGGCCAUUCUGAAGCUCGCUCCUUUUCCAGAGCGGGGUCAGGGGUCGUGGUGCCGCCUCCUUACUCUCUGGGUGGCAGUGAAGCUGCAGACGGCCCCCUGGAGCUUAGGGGUUCUCUAGACUGCUGGGCCUGCUCUGUGCUGGUGACUGUACAGAAUCUCAUCAUCGCCCUCAUCAACGGCACACUGGCCAGUGUCAUCUUUGGCGUCAUCCUAACUCCUGCUCUGGUCAUGAUCAUAUUUGGCUUUCUCUGCCAUUCCACAGUGCAGCCCCAUGGAACAUCUUUGUACUGCUCAGACCUGCUGGAUGACACUAGCUGCGUGGCUCUGCUGGUUGUUGGCUUUUUGCUGUUGACACCUCUGCUGGUGCUGGCGCUUGCCGCCUACUGCCGCCUGGCUCGGCACCUUCAGCUCGGCAUGUGCUUCAUCCCCUACAGCCGAGCCGUCUACAAGAACCUGCCCACCUCACGCCAGCGGGGGCCCAGUGCUGGAAGCUGCUGUGGCCAAAAUGAAGGGAAAGAAAGUGAUAGGAAGGGCAGUGUUUGGGUUUAGGGGAUGAAGAUGUAGAUCAGUGAUGUUAUUCUGAGAGAAAGCGUAAUUGAAAACCCCAAAUAUCUCAUCUUUUGUAUUGUUACUUUGUUAUUGUUGAGAGUUUUUUGUAUUUGCAGCGUUGCUUUGGUAGACUGUUUAUGGAAAGAAUUUUACUACUGUUUUACAAUAAAAUCAACAUUUAUCUGCACUGAGUUUUAUACAAUGUCUAGGCAUUACGUUAAUGCAAACAGUUUACGAGUUGACGAGCUUGAAUUCAAGCAUAAUCUUACAGAUAAAAUACAGCAUGUUUUUUACUGAUUUCACAAAACUGCUUGAUCAAAACACCAUUUGGAUUAUUUGCUAACCAUAGAUCAGUCCAGUCCUGUGUUUAUUUUAACCCAACAGGGUUAGGUUAUAGGUUUGACAGGACAUCAAACCAAUUAACAGUUUAAAGUAUUUACUGUAGGUUAAGAAAAGAGUAAGAAUAACACACAAAAAAAUUGAAUAGUUAUUUGUAAACUGUUCUCAUCCAACUGCAUUAGAAGUAACUACAAUUAAUGAACAUAAAGGAAAGAAGCACAAAAAAUGGACUUUUGGAGUGUUAAAUAUCAGUAACAAAAUUCAUAUUCAUAUUCUACCUACAGAUUAGGAACUAUAGAAAUAUUUUAUUUAGUACUUUUUUUUAUUUUUCAUUUUGGUAUUUGCUCAUGGCACAACCACAAAUUUCUGUUUAUUAGUUUAAAAUUUACUAACACUUGUAUUUAUCUUUUCUAGGUAAUACUGUUACAGAAGAAAGUCCUCCUAUAGCAAUAUGCUGUUGCCACUGCCAUAUUUUUAAACUGGAUAUGGUGUGUACCAGGGGAUGUGCAAUUCUAGUUUAUCCUACUAAACGUUUGGUUUUGCAUAUUGACCAGGAGGCUCAGUUUUUUUUUUUUCUCAUCCUACCAGAUCAUCCCUUUUCAUAUAUAUUUGCUUUCUGUAGUAACAUUUCCCCACCCGUACAGUAUAGUGGAUUUAUACCAGAGUUACCAUAGCAAGGUUUUACCUUGAUUUAUACUUUCAUUGUAUCUAUAACCAUUAUUUUGUCAUUUUUAAUGUGGUUUAUGUGUAAAGAAUAAUAACAUUGACAGAAGCUAUUAUUCCUUUAUGUAUGCCUGGCACAACAUAUUACAGCAUUGACUUUUGUGGUUGCAACAUGGGAAAAGUAAAACAAAAAGAUGUAUAUACCAAAGAUGAAGGGAUGUGGAUACUUUUGCCAGGCAUUGUUUUUUUGUUUGUUUUUUUUAAUUAUUUUUUUUAUCCCACACAGAAAUAAAAUAAUUUUUAUUACUAACCACAAUGAAAUGAUUCUUAGAAAAAAAGAUACUGUUUUCAAAUCCAUAGAAAAGGUAUUAGACCACAUGAUCUGCUAAAGACCAGGAGGGACUUGCAGAGGCACAUUUGUGGUGUG